GCUGGCAUCAGCCGCGGCCGCACACGCAGCCCCGUGGGCCCAGCACCGCCAGCUUCACUUCACUUCUCGUCCUCCUGCCGCCGUUUUGUGAUCGAAUCUCGGCUUCUUCCGCCGCCGCUGCUCAUCGCGUUAAUCAGCAGUCGAGUGCGUGACUGGACAUUAAGCCAGGUGUAUGGCGCAGACUUGAGUGCGGUGCGGGUUUGUGCUACGGGAUCGCAGCGCAAUGAAUCUCGUGAUCGCACCUUUGGCGAUUCUGCUGCUCAUUUCGAGCCCGGCAGUGGCGCAGCGACAGAACCAGAGGCAGGAAUCGCAAAGGGAAAGUACUGACACGUCCAUAUAUAACAAAGAGGAUGUGUCUCGCAACAAUAUUGACAGCAACAACCUCCACAUUGAGGACGCGAGCUACUUUAUUGUGGCCAGCAGAGUUGUGCGCCCAGGUCACCUGUACAGAUUGGCGGUGACCAUUUUGCGUAGCGCCCUCCCCGUCACGGUGAAGGCCACAAUCCAGCGCAACGGCGUGGAGGUGGCAGCGGCAAGACAAAUUGCCGCCAUCGGAGUGACUGAGUCCCUGGCCUUGCGGGUGCCGCCCACCAGCGUCAAGGGGCACUAUCGCCUCAGGGUUGAGGGCAUUCUUGAUGACAUGCUGGGUGGAAUCUUCUUUCGCAAUGACACUGCCCUGGAGUUCUCGCCUAGGUCCAUGACCAUUUUUAUUCAGACUGACAAACCCGUCUACAUUCAAGGACAAACAGUUCGCUUCCGUGUGGCGCCAAUCACAACUGAGCUGAAAGGGUUUAAUGAUGCUGUUGAUGUCUUCAUGCUCGAUCCGCACAGAACCAUCAUGAAGAGAUGGCUGUCAAGACAGUCCAACUUGGGAACAGUCAGCUUGGAAUACCAACUGAGCGACCAGCCCAUCUUUGGAGAUUGGAUUAUCAGGGCUGAGGCGCAGGGCAUGAUUGAGGAGGCAAGCUUCACAGUCAACGAGUAUUACCAGACGCGUUUUGAGGUGAACGUAACGAUGCCUGCCUUCUUCCUCGAGUCUGAUGGCUACAUCUACGGAUCAGUGAUGGCAAACUACACAAGUGGAGCUCCUGUCUAUGGAAACCUCACCCUGAAAGCCACAAUCACGCCAAUAUUGCGCAAUGGUAUUGGCAAGCAGCAAGAAUUUAACACAACAAGAAACACACCUGGCUACAGGGUCUUCAGAGAGGAGCAGCCAGUCGAAAAAUUCUUCACUUUCAAGGAAGAUUUUCCUUUCUGGUACGACACUCCUGCUUUUAUUGAUGAUGAGAGAGAAGUGCCUCAACUGAAACACUUUUAUGGAAUCCACAAUUUCCGAUACCCCAUGGCUGACUUGCACAGAUUUGUGUCAUCACUUUCUGGAAUGGAAAUAAGAAUAACAGCAUCAGUUGGUGAACGAUUUCUGGACGAAAUCGUGACUGGAUACUCAACGGCCAGGAUUUACAACUCGACCCUGAAGGUCACUUUCCUUGGAGGAAGCCCGCAGGUGUUUCGGCCGUCAAUGCCAUUCCAUUGCUAUGUAGCCGUCUCAUAUCACGACAAUACACCGCUUGAUUUGGAGCGAUUGAAGAAGAGUAAGAUGGAAAUCAGUGCAGAAGUUGUAAUGAGGACUGGUGGCCGAAGGUCGCUGGAAACGCAGCUAGUGAAAAUGUCAUCUGAGAAGCCUGGAAUCUUCUCUUUGAAGAUUGAUUUGCGCAGUCAGCUUGGAGGUGAUGAUGCUAAUGAAAGGCGAUUACGAGAGAUGCUGAAUGAUGUCGCUAGCUUGAAGCUGACUGCAAAUUUCAAGGACUCAAAAGACGGGUUCAGAACCACUGCAGAACUCACUGCUGUCAGCCACUGGUCACCCAACAACCAGCAUCUCAAAGUGUUCACGUCCACUAAGAACGCUAAGGUUGGAGAGUACCUGAUCCUGCACGUGCAGAGCAACGCCAUUUUAGACAGCUUCUCUUAUGUUGUAAUUGCCAAAGGUGUUGUUUUGUACGCAAGCCAGGAGAAAAUGCUGUCAACCGUACACACCUUGGCACUCACCAUCAGUCCAGAAAUGGCGCCGUCAGCAACUGUGCUAGUUUACCACCCCGCGAGCAGAGGUGUCGCGCUUGCAGACUCGCUCACCUUCCCCGUGGAUGGCAUUUCCAGGAACAAUUUCACUGUAUUUGUCAACAACCGCAAAGCUCGCACUGGACAGGUAGUUGAGAUCGCCAUCUAUGGAGAGCCGGGUUCUUAUGUCGGUCUGGCCGCCAUGGACCGCGCCUUCUAUGCCAUGCAGUCCCCCAACCAAAUUUCCUUUACUAAGUCUUUGCAGCAAAUGUCGCUCUUUGACUUGGAAAUGGAAGGAACAAGUCCUUUGUUGCAUGCUUGGGUUUCGCAUGAGGGUAACCCAGAUGAACUGCACCACUUCCCCUCCAGUUCAAGAGGAAUAGACGCCAAUGCCACCUUUGAGACCUCUGGUUUGAUAGUUUUCUCUGACCGAGACCUCCCCCUGCGGCCGUCUAUCUGCAACGCCACACAGGGUUAUCUGCCCUGCCUGACUGGUCAGGGUGGAAGGUCUGGUGGAUGCUUCAAGGUUACCCAGAAGUGUGACGGCCGCUCAGACUGCUCUGACGGAACCGACGAGUCCUACUGCCCAAAAUUGGUGGCUAGCGCGGCUGAAGACCUACGCAAGUUCAGAGCCACUAGGUUCAGCAUGACUCAAAAGCAGAUGGACAACGUCUGGCUAUGGACUGAUGUUAACAUCGGGCCUCACGGACGGGAGCUUUUCAACAUUCCAGUUCCCUCCGUGCCUGCCCAUUGGAUGGUUUCCGCCUUCUCUGUCAGCCCCACUGUUGGAUAUGGAGUUCUUAAUAAGGCUGUCGAGUAUUUUGGUGUGGUUCCCUUCUCGAUGAUUGUGGAGAUGCCAAAGCAGUGCAGACAAGGAGAACAAGUCGGCGUCAGAGUAGUUGUCUUUAAUUAUCAGCAUGUUGACAUUGAAGCAACAGUAGUCCUCAACUCUUCUCCUGACUACAAGUUUGUCCACGUUGAAGCUAACGGCAUUGUCAACUCAUACAGCCCUAGAACCUCACAUGGAGAGCACCAGUUCUUUGUGUUCAUCAGGGCACACGACGCAGCCAUUGUGAUGGUUCCCAUUGUGCCAACCAGGCUGGGCGACAUCGAAGUGUCAAUUUACACAACCACUCUGAUGGGCAUGGACAAAGUAACGAGAAGCAUCCACGUGGAGGCAGAUGGUCUGCCGCAGUACAGGCAUCACUCGAUUCUGCUUGACCUGCGGAACAGGGCCUAUGUUGUGCAAUACUUGCACGUGAAUGUGACGGAAACGCCUAUCAUUCCCUAUGAGGAAUCUCGUUACUAUGUUUUUGGCUCAAACAAGGCCUCAGUGUCUGUGGUGGGAGAUGUGAUGGGUGCCAUUUUUCCCACUAUGCCCAUGAACGCAACCUCCGUUCUCAACCUGCCGUUGGAUUCUGCUGAACAGAGCAUGUUUGGCUUAGCAGCUCAUGUGUACACCACCUAUUACAUGCGCUUCAUCAACCAGAGGAAUAAGACUAUUGAAAAACAGUCAUUCCACCAUCUAAAUGUUGGCUAUCAAAGAAUGCUCUCAUUUAGAAAUCAGGAUGGAAGCUUCAGCCUCUUCCGAUCUGACUGGAAUCACUCUUCGCCCAGUGUCUGGGUCACUGCCUAUUGUGCCAAAAUUUUCCAAGAACUGUCUUUCAAUGAGUGGGAAAACUUCAUCUUCAUUGAUCCUACUGUUAUUGAUGGCGCUGUUCGCUAUGUCCUGAACCAUCAAACCGUGGAAGGAUCGUUCUGGGAGGUCACCUGGCUGCCUGAUCGUAAGGUGAACGCGUCGCUGCAGUGGCCUAAUGAUGAAAUUGGACAAAGAAACAUUACCUUAACAGCGCACGUGCUGAUUAUGUUGGAAAAAGUUAAAUCGCAGACAGGGGGACUUGGAGCACUUGCAUCUCUCGCACAAAGGAACGCGGUUCAAUGGUUGGAGCGGAACCUGAAGCUUUUGAAGGACCAUGGGAAACCAUAUGAGGUCGCUGUUGUCACCUAUGCACUUCUUGUUUCCAAAUCAUCUCAAUCCGAAGCUGCCUUUCAAAUCCUGAAUUCACAUGCCAGACAUGAAGGUGGAUUACUUUACUGGGGCAGAGAAGUUGUACCGCAGCCUCCAUUCAAAAUGGAGAACCAAAAGCCUUUCCUCCUUCCACGAUUGCCAUACAAAUACGACUCUGAAAACAUUGAGACCACAGCGUGGGCGCUAAUGACGUACGUUGCAAGACAGGAACUGUUGGUUGAUCCCAUCGUCAAGUGGCUCAACUCACAGCGACUGUUUGACGGCGGCUGGGCUUCCACUCAAGACACUGCUGUCGCUAUGGAGGCUCUAAUCGCCUACGCGGAUUCGUCUCGCCUCAGAGAUGUGUCAACACUGACUGUUACUGUGGAAGCCACGUCUCUUCCUGGUAAAACCAAAGUUCUACAAGUGCGCACCAAUAACAUCGCAGAUCUGCAGAAAAUUGAUAUUCCGGAGGCGUGGGGUACAGUGAAAAUCCAAGCCAAGGGCGCCGGUUACGCCAUCCUGCAGAUGAGCGUGCAGUACAAUGUGGACAUGGAGCGUUUCCAGACCGCGCCGCCUGUGCCCGCCUUUGACUUGACCACCAAAGUGCAGUUCCACGGCCGGAACCAGUCUCACAUCACAUAUCGAUGCUGCCAGAGGUGGACACUGACUGAUGAGAGCCCCAGGUCUGGCCUAGCUGUCCUGGAGGUUGCGGUGCCCACGGGCUACAUCGUCCAGCAACAGAACCUCGACGCCUACGUCCAGUGGCUGUCUUAUGAGGCACGCAAGGACUACGUUCAUUCCAACCUGCGACCCAUCGGCCGCGGACAUCAACCCAAAGAGCUGCAGUCCCACCGCCUCCAGAGGGCCAGGUUCACCGACACCAAGGUCUACUUCUACUUCAAUUACCUUGACAAUGACUACACCUGUAUCAAUUUCACGCUGGAGAGGUGGUUCCCUGUGGCCAACAUGUCAAGAUACCUGCCAAUCAGAGUUUACGACUACUAUGCACCUGAGCGCUUCAACGAAACAAUUUUCGAUGCCCUGUCAACCUAUGUGCUCAACAUUUGCGAGGUGUGCGCCUCCAGCCAAUGUCCGUACUGUCCAAUUUACAAUGCAGCCGUCCACGUGGCGACCAGCCUUCCGUUUGUGGCGCUCAUCUCGCUCUGCAUGCUGCUGAUCUGGAACACCAGAGACCCGCUCUGAGGUCUCCAUGCUAUUUUUUAAUUUCGGGCAGCAGGGUUAUCCGCAUUAUUUACAGAUUAUUUUUGUCAAAUCUGGUUGUGCUCAGCAGCUAAUUCAUUGGUUAGUGCCCUGCCUCCCGAAAAGUUUGUAUGCUGCCUUUCAUAGAUAAAUAUCGAAUCAGUCGUCCUUGGCGUGAUCCGUAUCACGACGUCAAGUUAAUAGUGUUUAGUCCUGAGUUGUUUUCACGUUUUGCAAUAUCUUGUGAUAUUCAGCAGUUCUCAUUGUGGAAACGUUGAUCAGACUUUGCAGCCUUUUUUUCGAAUUUAAUAUAUGAGUCUUCAAAGAACCCCAUUAAAAUUUUUCUUGAAAUUUUUAGGUAGCCUUUUUAAAGUCACGCGUGUGAUUAAACGAUUUUCUCUGCCGCCUAAAGUAAUACAACAUUAUUUUUACAUAUUUAUCUUUGUUCAUUUUUUUAAGUCAUACCGCAUUUCUUCAAGAGAAUGUUUAUUGAGAUUGCUGGUGCAAAGUUUCGUCUUCUAAAUUGCUGUAUUAACGUAAUUUGAAGCCAAGAAUCUCUAAAGUUUGUGCAAAACUCAGGGACUUCCAGUUGGAUUAUUCUGUCCCACCUCCAAGAGAAAGAUUUUGUCCAUUGUAAAAUAUCAAUAAGCCAAUUUUUAGGCGCAGCUACUGAAAGCAAUACAUUUAUGAAGGGAGAGAUUUUAUACAGAUUUAUAAAAUUGCGAGAGUUAACAUAUUAAUUAUUACUGUUUAAGCAGUAGGGAAAUAUCAGAUUGUAAGCUUAGUCCACAUUUAUAACUUUACCGUCCAUGUUUGAGUACAAGAAGAAAUCCAGGCUUGAGAAGAAGGUUUAAUAACCACUCACUCUCCUUGAGACUUAAUUACAAUGUACUGCUUGAAAAGAUCUUGCAAGUUGGAUUUGUCUUCUUGUACUUUAGUCGCCAUCUUGUUCUCUUUGUGAAUAGAGAAGAUAUUAUUUUUGUUUGGAAUUCUUGUGUACAUUUUUGACAUGCACAGAACUAACCUUACCUCCAUUGUAAGAUACUAUCUCGUAAGUUUGUUGAUCCUUUAGGACUUUAUUUACACUAUUCAAUUUCUAUAAAAUAGAUAACUGUGCAUAGGAAAUCAUUUGAAUGGUAUUAUUUCGUGGAAUCUAUUGGUUAAUAUAAAGACAAAAAUUAUAUCACUGGCGGAAUUGCUCAAAGUGUUCAAAACUGUCUAGAGUUAAAAUUGUUGAUCCGUUUUUCAAACCGACUGUAGUUUGCAUCAAGAAUACUUGUGUAUUGAAAUAAAUUUUCUUAUAAAAAGUCGACACAA